AUGAAGUCCUUCACUCUUCUGACAGCCCUGCUGCUGUCCUCUGCCUCUGCUGAGGUCCACAAACUCAAGUUAAAGAAGGUUCCCGCCCAUGAACGCCUUGAUAUCAACGACAUUCAAUCACACAUCCAAGCUCUCGGUCAGAAGUACAUGGGUACUCAGCAUGAGAGUGAAUUUCAAGAUACUACUUUCAAGUCUACCUUGGCUCAUGACGUCCUCGUGGACAACUUCUUGAACGCCCAAUACUUCUCCGAAAUCACCAUCGGUUCCCCUCCUCAGACCUUCAAGGUCGUCCUUGACACAGGGAGCUCUAACUUGUGGGUUCCCAGCUCUGGCUGUACCUCCAUCGCUUGCUACCUCCACAGCAAGUUCGAUUCAUCCGCAUCCAGCUCCUUCAAGGAGAACGGCACUGAGUUCGCGAUCCAGUAUGGUUCGGGUAGCCUGAGCGGCUUUGUCUCUCAGGACACCGUCACCAUUGGCGACCUCGAAAUUAAGAAGCAGGACUUUGCCGAGGCCACUAACGAGCCUGGUCUGGCCUUUGCCUUCGGUCGUUUCGAUGGUAUCCUGGGUCUUGGAUACGACACAAUCUCCGUUAACAACAUCGUUCCCCCCUUUUACAACAUGCUCAACCAGGGCCUGCUGGAUGAGCCUGUGUUUGCUUUCUACCUCGGCGAUGCUAACAAAGAGGGUGAUAACUCCGAGGCUACCUUUGGUGGCAUUGAUAAGAGUCACUACACCGGCGAGCUUAUCAAGAUUCCCCUCCGUCGCAAGGCCUACUGGGAGGUUGAAUUCAACGCUAUCGCUCUUGGUGACAACGUUGCUGAGCUCGAGAACACCGGUGUCAUUCUUGACACCGGCACCUCUCUUAUUGCCCUUCCCUCCACCCUUGCUGAGUUGCUCAACAAGGAGAUCGGCGCUACCAAGGGCUGGACCGGCCAGUACACUGUGGACUGUGCUACCCUUGACAGUCUCCCCGAUCUUACCUUGACCCUUAGCGGUUACAACUUCACCAUCGGCCCCCAUGACUACAUCCUUGAAGCUCAGGGAUCGUGCAUCAGCAGCUUUAUGGGUAUGGACUUCCCUGAGCCUACUGGCCCCCUUGCCAUCCUCGGUGACGCGUUCCUCCGAAAGUGGUACAGUGUCUACGACCUCGGCAACAACGCCGUUGGCCUGGCCAAGGCGAAAUAA